GUGUCCCGGCCCCACGUGCUGGCGGCGGCCGCGGGAUGGAGGCGGCGGGAGGCGGCGGAGCCGCGGGCAGGGCCCGGCCGGGACCGGGACCGGGACCGGGACAGGGACAGGGACAGGGACAGGGACAGGGACAGGGACAGGGACAGGGACAGCCCCAGACACUGCCCAAGGGCCGGGAGCUCUUCAGGAGCCAGCGGAAGGAGUCCGAGGGCUCCGUGGAUUGUCCCAACCUGGAAUUCGAGUACGGAGAUGCCGACGGGCACGGCGCGGAGCUGGCAGAGCUGUUCAGCUACACCGAGGAGCCCGAGCUGAGCCACAGCCGCCGGUGCUUCGAGGAGGAUUUCCACAGCCAAGGGCCAGGCAGGAGGUGGCUGGAGCUGGACAGGAGCCAGCAGAAGGCUCACAUCAUGCACCUGCUGGACGGGCUGGAGGUGGUCAGCAGGGACAGGAGGCUGCGGGUGGCUCGGGCCAUCCUCUACCUGGCACAGGGUGUGUUUGGGGAGUGUGACAAUGAAGGAGAUGUCCUGCACUGGUCUCGGCACAACAGCUUCCUCCUGUUCCAGCUGGGAACCUUCUCUGCCUUCCUGGAGCUCCUCAACAUGGAGAUCGAGAACAGCCAGGCCUGCAGCAGUGCCCUGAGGAAACCAGCAAUCUCCCUGGCAGACAGCACAGAGCUCAGGGUGCUGCUCAGUGUCAUGUACCUGCUGGUGGAGAACAUCCGUGUGGAGCAGGAGACGGAUCCCCCCGAGUGGAAAACCUGCAGGGAGACCUUCAGGAUGGAGCUGAGUUUCCCUGUGCACUCUGAGGAGCCCUUUGCCCUGCUGCUCUUCACCAUGGUCACCAAGUUCUGCAGCGGCCACGCUCCUCACUUCCCCAUGAAGAAGGUUCUGCUGCUGCUCUGGAAGGUGCUGCUGUUCACGCUGGGCGGGUUCCAGGCGCUGCAGGCCAUGAAGGAGCGGCGGCGGGAGGAGCUGGGGCUGCCGGCGCUGCCCGAGGACAGCAUCCAGGUGGUGCGGGGGAUGCGCGCCGCGUCCCCGCCCGCGGCCGGCACCGAGCUGCCGGAGCAGCCGCAGCGCCGGGCGCACCGCGGCCGCAGGCCCCUGAUGAAACAGGACAGUUUGGAUAUCUACAACGAGAGAGAUCCCUUCAAGAACGAGGAAGGAGGGGUUGAUGAAGAGGAGAAUGAUGAUGUGGACAGUGGGAUUGAGGGGGAGCUGGACCUGAUGGAGAGGGACACCCUCAUCCCUGCCCUGCCAGCCCAGCGCCUGCCCAUCGAGAGGGUCUCCUUCCCCAAGGGGCUCCCCUGGGCCCCCAAAGUCAGACAGAAGGACAUCGAGCAUUUCCUGGAAGCGAGCAGGAACAAAUUCAUCGGAUUCACGCUGGGCCAGGACACUGAAACCCUGAUAGGGCUCCCACGGCCGAUCCACGAGAGCGUGAAGACCCUGAAGCAGCACAAGUACGUUUCCAUCUCAGAUGUCCAGAUCAAGAACGAGGAGGAGCUGGAGAAGUGCCCCAUGUCUCUGGGGGAAGAGGAAGUCCAAGAAACCCCUUGUGAGGUCCUGUAUCGAGCAAUGCUGUACAACCUCCCCCAGUACAUGAUUGCUUUGCUGAAGAUCCUCCUGGCUGCUGCACCCACCUCCAAGGCCAAGACUGACUCCAUCAACAUCCUGGCAGAUGUGCUGCCUGAAGAGAUGCCCAUCACCGUCCUGCAGAGCAUGAAGCUGGGCAUUGAUGUCAACAGACACAAGGAGAUCAUCGUGAAGAGCAUCUCAGCCCUGCUGCUGCUGCUCCUCAAGCACUUCAAGCUGAACCACAUCUACCAGUUUGAAUAUGUGUCCCAACACCUGGUGUUUGCCAACUGCAUCCCCCUGAUCCUGAAAUUCUUCAACCAGAACAUCAUGUCUUACAUCACUGCCAAAAACAGCAUCUCUGUCCUGGAUUAUCCCCACUGCACAGUCUGUGACCUGCCUGAGCUCACAGCAGAAAGUCUGGAAGCUGGAGACAACAACCAGUUCUGCUGGAGGAACUUGUUCUCCUGCAUUAACCUGCUGAGGAUCCUCAACAAGCUGACCAAGUGGAAACACUCCAGGACAAUGAUGCUGGUGGUGUUUAAAUCAGCCCCCAUCCUGAAGCGUGCCCUGAAGGUGAAGCAGGCCAUGAUGCAGCUCUAUGUGCUCAAGCUGCUGAAGAUCCAGACCAAGUACCUGGGGAGGCAGUGGAGGAAGAGCAACAUGAAGACCAUGUCAGCCAUCUACCAGAAGGUGCGGCACCGCAUGAACGACGACUGGGCCUAUGGCAAUGACAUCGACGCCAGGCCCUGGGAUUUCCAGGCUGAGGAAUGCACGCUGAGAGCCAACAUCGAGGCGUUCAACAGCCGCAGGUACGACAGGGAGCGGCGCUCCGAGUUCGCCCCGGUGGACAACUGCCUGCAGAGCGUGCUGGGGCAGCGCCUGGAGCUGCCCCGCGACUUCCACUACUCGUACGAGCUGUGGCUGGAGAGGGAGGUGUUCUCCCAGCCCAUUCGCUGGGAGGAGCUGCUGCACUGCCACUGACUGCAGCCUGCCCGGGACGGGCAGCAGCCUUGGGCUGGGGAAAAAUGGGUUUGAGCUUUGCCAGGCACAGAGACUCUGCAGACGCCUCUUUUUGGAGGUGCUGCUGUGACUGCAGAGGGGCCACGGAGGAGGUUCCAGGGGAGCUCAGAGCUCGGUGUGAGGAUUCCCAGCUGGGAACUCCAUCCCUUGUUGUUUUGGUUCCAUCCUGGUUUGUGGAUGUGCUUCCAGCACCACCCUGGGAUUGGGAUGGGCACAACAUUCCUUUCCCUGGGCUGUGAUCAUAAAGGGGCCACGGAGGAGGUUCCAGGGGAGCUCAGAGCUCGGUGUGAGGCUUUCCAGCUGGAAAUUCCAUCCCUCCCUGGUUUGGAUCCAUUCUGGUUUGUGGAUGUGCUUCCAACACCACCCUGGGAUACCAGGAGCACUGACUGUUUUGGGAUGGGCACAACAUUCCUGUCCCUGGGCUGUGACCAUAAAGGGGCCACGGAGGAAGUUGUAGAGUGAGCUUAGGUGUGUCUGUAAUUUGGUGUGAAGAUUCCCAGCUGGGAAUUCCACCCCUCCUUGGUUUGGAUCCAUUCUGGUUUGUCAUGUGCUUCCAACACCACCCUGGGAUACCAGGAGCACCAGGUUGGUUUGGGAUGGACACAUUUCUGUCCCUGGGCUGUGACUGUAAAGGGGCCACAGAGGAGGUUCCAGGUGAGCUCAGAGCUCAGGUGUGUCUGCUGCUUGAUGUGAGUGAGGAUUCCCAGCUGGGAACUCCAUCCCUCCCUGGUUUGGAUCCAUUCUGGUUUGUGGAUGUGCUUCCAGCACGUGGUUUGGGAUGGACACAAUAUUCCUGUCCCUGGGCUGUGACUGUAAAGGGUCACAGAGGAAGCUGCAGAGUGAGCUCAGAUGUGUUUGUAGCUCAGUGUGAGGAUUCCCAGCUGGGAACUCCAUCCCUCCCUGGUUUGGAUCCAUUCUGGUUUGUGGAUGUGCUUCCAGCAGGUGGUUUGGGAUGGACACAGCAUUCCUGUCCUGUCCCUGGGUCCCACAGCCCUGGGUGGGUCCUGCAGGGUCCCCUGGACACCCACCCACCCUCUGCACCUCUGCUUCCCUCCACCUUCACUCACCUUUCUUCAGCUUGUGUUUGGAGCUCCCAUUUCUCUCCUCUCUGAGUGUCAUGAUGAUUCCACAAUCCUCUUUGCCCCUUUCCAGCCCUGAGGAGACAACAAAUACCAGGGUAAAUAACCUGAUUUUUUACACAGAUUUUGGGGUGUUUGGGGGAAUGUCUGUGCCCUGAGAGGGGAAAGUGCUUUGGUGAACAAUUUAUGAGUUAAAGAGUGGAUUCUGUGGUCCCUGCAUUUCAGAAUGAAUAGGAUAUUGAGCUGUAAACUUUCUAUGAGUUUAAUAACUUAAUACUUAAAUUAAAUAAUGAACACUACUCUUGGGUGAAGCUGUGUUGCAUGAGGGUGGCAUUUGUCAAAGCAUUGUGUGUUCAUAUAGGGCAGGGAAGCCCUAAAUAAACAAGUGUUUGUUAUGGCAAGAUUUGUGCUAAUUGCUUAAAUAAUUAAUUAACAUGGGAAUGUUUCUUUCAUGGGGUUUGUUCAAGGCCUUGUCCAUGGAAAUGGCAUUAAACCUUUUAAAACCUUUUAAAAUACACUUUUGUUCAAAAUAAAAGAAC